UUGCACAAAGGGCUGCCCUCAAACAUACAUUCGGCUCAUACUUGCCUCUACAAUCAUGGCUUCUACUGAGCAGCGUUUGCCACCCGAAUCGAGGUUUAGCACCAUCUUGGUGAACAACCUCCAUUGUCCCUCAUGUGUUUCUACAGUGAACAAUACCUUAUUUUCUCUCAAUCCACCCCCUUUCUCCGUGUCGGUAUCCACAGUCCUGCACGAGAUCAAGGUUGCGCAUCCCAUUGAUCUGAGUCCCUCACAAAUCGUACAUGCCCUAAAAGAUGCUGCCUUCGAUAUUGACAACGUUGUCGAAUCUGGUGAUUUCACAAACGGUGGACCUGAGAGCGAGAGUCUUCGAACGUGGCGCUCAACCCGUCCAUCAGUCGUCAGGCGCGCCUCUGACCCGGAUCCUAAUCAUGAGUCAGAACAGCAUAUCCGGCAAUGUGAUGCAUGUUCUGCACAGCUAGCGACGCAAUCAUCCAGGACUGGUGACGAUCUGCCAGUUAUUCAAAAGAACCUCAGCCCCCGGGUCGUCGAGUCGGACAGCCGCAGAGAUAAUGACCUCGUAUCUGUCGUCGACGACCAUCUGACGGGAACCCGCAUUCGCAUCACACUAUCAAUUAGUGGAAUGUCUUGCAGUUCAUGCGUCGGGAAGAUUACCAAUGCUUUGAACGACCAACCAUGGGUGCAGUCGGCCAACGUUAAUCUACUGACUAGUAGCGCGGUGGUCGUUCUCCUGGACCGGUCGCGUGUGAACGAAGCGUUAGAGACAAUUACAGACUCGGGCUAUUCCGCCCAGCUGAUUGAUUGUGAAGAUCUCCUGCCCAAGAGACAAUCGAAACCGUCGGCGUCGAUCGAAAUAUGGCGAGCCUCCUAUGUUAUCGGGGGCAUGACCUGCAGCUCCUGCGUUGGGACAGUUACAGACACGCUCAACCGUUACGAAUGGGUCACAAAAGUGGACGUGAAUCUUGUGUCAGGGAGUGCGACGGUAGAACUGCAUGGGAAGGAGCAUCUGGAAGAGGUCAUCGCCAUUAUCAGCGAAUUGGGUUACGUAGCUGCACUCGGCGAGGUCGAGAGCAGCGCCCCACCCGAGCAACGAGCCUUGAACCGGACCGUCACUAUCCAGGUGGACGGGAUGCAUUGCCCAAACUGCUCCCAGCGGAUCCUAGAUGCUCUGAGUGUGUUUUCUAAUUGUGUCCAGGUGACGGACCCUUUUCGAAAGGGACGUCCACGGCUCACUAUAGCGUAUACCCCCGACAGCCCCAAUUUCACCAUUCGGCAUAUCUUACAUGCGAUCGCCCAGGUGGAUAAGGCUUUCAAAGUAUCUAUUUACCAUCCCCCCAGUCUCGAGGAGCGCUCCCAAAUAAUGCAACGUCGACACAUGUGGCGCAUCGCCCGCCGCCUGUUAUUGGCGGCGUUGACUGCUAUCCCAGCGUUUAUUAUCGGGAUCGUCUAUAUGUCUUUGGUACCUGGAGACAAUUCAGGGGUCAUGUACCUCGAGCAGCCCAUCUGGGCCGGUCAAGUCUCACGCAUGGAAUGGGCGCUGUUUAUUAUGGCGACCCCGGUGUACUUCUUCGCUGCGGAUCUGUUUCACCGUCGGAUGCUCAGUGAGCUUGUGGUACUGUGGUGGCCAGGGAGCAAGACCCCAAUGCUCCACCGAUUCUACCGCUUUGGCAGCAUGGAUAUGCUGAUGUCUCUGGGUACUACCGUUGCGUACUUUUCCUCCAUCGCUAUUUUGGGUAUCAAUGCCACUCAGCCCGCCGACGGCCUCAGAGUCACCCAUGUUGAGUCAUUCUUCGAUUCUGUUGUUUUUCUAACAAUGUUCCUCAUGAUUGGUCGGUUGCUCGAGGCUUACAGCAAGGCUAAGGCCGGAGAUGCCGUGAGCUUACUAGGCAAGUUGCGUCCGACGACGGCGGUCUUGGUUGCGUCGAAGGAGACAGAGCCCUCUUCCCCAUCUGUUACACCGCACACGGUCCCGAUUGAUCAGCUGGAGCUCAAUGAUGUGAUCAGUGUUGCCAAUGGUGCCUCUCCGCCGUACGACGGUAUUGUUGUUGAAGGAACAUCACAGUUUGACGAGUCGAGUUUGACAGGCGAAUCAAAGCCGGUCCCUAAGUCCAUUGGGGAUGAAGUCUUUUCUGGGACCACUAACCGAGCAAACCCCGUUCUUGUCCGCAUCACCCAUCUCUCCGGUGACUCGAUGCUGGACCAGAUCAUCAGCGCUGUUCGCGAAGGACAGGUUCGGAGAGCACCAAUCGAGCGCACGGCAGACUUGAUCACGGGCUACUUUGUCCCCUUAAUUACCCUCAUCGCUGUCCUGGACUGGAUUAUUUGGUUGUCAUUAGGUGUCUCUGGCCGCUUGCCGUUGUCCUGGCUGGAGGGCAGGGCCGGUGGAUGGGAGUUCUGGUCGUUGCAGUUCGCUAUUUCUGUCUUCGUUGUUGCUUGUCCAUGUGGGAUUGGACUCGCUGCCCCGACCGCACUCUUUGUCGGCGGCGGACUUGCUGCUCAGUAUGGAAUCCUAGUUAAAGGAGGCGGCGAAGCGUUUCAAGAGGCUAGUCAGCUGGAUUGCAUUGUCUUUGACAAGACAGGCACGAUUACCGAAGGGGUCCAGCCGUCCGUCACCGACCACAAAACGGCCCGCGAAGAAAAUAUUGAUGAGGUCUGGGGCGCGGUAUUGGCGCUCGAGCAGAAAAGCAGUCACCCGAUUGCUCAGGCGAUGGUGUCCUUUGCUGGCUCCAGGAGACCCCCGGCCCUCACAGCCUCCGCUGUUGACGAGAUCCCAGGGAAGGGUAUGAAGGGAUCCUUCCCUCUUGGUCACCGGCCAUCGUCUAUCCUUGACGUUAUCGUGGGCAACGAGGCCUUAAUGCUUGACCACGAGAUCACCAUCUUGUCUGCGAAUGCCGCCAUCCUCACAGCUUGGAAGCGCGAAGCUAAGUCGGUCGUUUUGGUCGGAACUAGAGUCCGAGAAGGGGCCGGAGAUACCGAAAAGGUGCAUUGGGUGCUUUCUAUGAUGCUGGCUGUGGCUGAUCCUGUACGCCCAGAGGCCAAAGAGGUCCUGCAUGCUCUUCGCAAAAGAGGAAUUUCCGUGUGGAUGAUUUCGGGAGACAAUCCGACGACGGCUCAUGCGGUUGGUAAAAUAGUCGGAAUAUCCCCGGAGAAUAUCAUCGCCGGGAUUUUGCCGGAGCAAAAGGCAGAGAAGAUACAAUAUCUCCAGAAGACGGUGCCGAGACCCUCCAAGAGGAGAUGGUUCAACUGGGGGAAAGAAUCAAGGCACACCCGACCACUUGUUGCUAUGGUUGGUGAUGGAAUUAAUGACUCCCCCGCGCUGACAGUGGCCGACGUUGGUAUUGCUAUCGGAUCUGGCUCCGAGAUCGCAAUCUCAUCGGCAGAAUUCGUCCUUAUAUCCUCCGACCUGACAUCGCUCUUGACUCUCAUUGAUCUCAGUCGCAUUGUGUUCAAAAGAGUCAAGUACAACUUUGGUUGGGCUCUGGUAUACAAUUGUAUCGCUAUCCCGGUGGCCGCUGGUGUCUUUUAUCCCAUCGUGAGCAAUGGCAAUCACAUUCGAUUGGACCCUGUUUGGGCUAGUUUGGCGAUGGCUUUGAGUAGUGUCAGCGUUGUUUGCAGCAGUCUGUUGAUGAGGACUCGAUUGCCAUUGGUCGGUUUCAGGUCAGCUAAAUAGAGUAUCUUUAGUUAGGCAGGGUUUACGUACAUGAUUUCUUUUGUGUCCUGGAAAGGCUGACCACCCUGUCAAUUAUUUGAGCGAAGUCUCUCGUGUUACUGAACUGAGCCUUGUCUGUUGCUACUCUAGGACUAGCCUAGAACAAGUUUAAUAAGAAUAUCACCAUCUGAAAUAUCCGAGCAGCG